AUGGAAAAGAUGGGAGAAUGGCAGAAGAGAUUCCAGAGCAAAGAGCUUGCAAAAUUUGAUGAUAAGUGGGCAGCCUCUUCAAACCAAGAAGUGGUGGACUUUGAAAAGUUGGAUGACUACGCUUCUGCCUUUCAAGGUCAUGAUGUUGGAUUUUGUUGCCUGGGUACCACCAGAAGAAAAGCUGGAGCGGAAGGAUUUGUUCGUGUCGAUCGAGAUUAUGUCCUCAAGUCUGCGGAGCUGGCAAAAGCUGGAGGGUGCAAACAUUUUAACUUGCUGUCCUCUAAGGGAGCUGACAAGUCAAGCAAUUUUUUAUAUCUGCAAGUUAAGGGAGAAGUGGAAGCUAGGGUUGAAGAACUACAAUUUGAUCGUUACUCUGUGUUCAGGCCUGGAGUUCUACUGUGUGACAGGCAAGAAUCUCGCCCAGGGGAAUGGUUGGUUAGGAAAUUCUUUGGCUCCUUACCAGAAUCUUGGGCCAGUGGGCACUCUGUGCCAGUGACAACUGUGGUCAGGGCCAUGCUGAACAACGCAGUGAGCCCAAGCGGCAAGAAGAAGGAACUGCUGGAUAAUAAGGCCAUCCAUGACCUGGGGAAAGCCGAUAGCUCUCUCACGCCAUAACCACGCUGGAGAAACGCUUUCUACUGUAAAGCUCAACACCCGCCACCUUAUUGGUACUUUCAGGGACAAAAAAAGUCAGUGUGCUUUAACUGUGGUUUCACUAGUCUCAGCUGCCCAGAUCAUAUCAAAAAUUACUGUGUUCUGCACCAGCAGUUCAGAGCCUGGGUGGACGUAUGGAUACAUCACCCAGGGAGCUUUUCAAAAAUAGAGAUUUGUAGGCUCUACCUCCAACCUCUGAAGAAGAAUCUUCAGGGUAUGAGCGCAGGAAUCUGUUGGUUUUUUUAAAGCUUCCCCUAGUGUUUCUGGUGCCACUGGUGGGACGGCCUGCUUUGAAAAGCUUCUCUGUAGUCAGAGUAGCAGCACAAACCUUAUCUAUUAUGCAGAUGAUUUCUAUUCUAAAAUUGUCAUUUGUGGGGCGCCUGGGUGGCUCAGUCGUUAAGCGUCUGCCUUCGGCUCAGGUCAUGAUCCCAGGGUCCUGGGGUC